AGUGAUGAUGACUCAUAUGAUGCUUCAUAUGAUGACAACCAUAUGAAUAUGAAAGCACCAGGCCUCCAGCGGGCAACAGUACUAUCAUUAGUUGAGAGUGAUGAUGGCUCAUCUGAUGACAUCCAUCCUGAGAGUGGCAUGAGAGUGGCUGAAAACGCCUUUAACACACAUGCAAGUAACAAGAAAGUAAAGAUUGCAACGCCAUAUGGGCAGAAAACAGCCCAGGCUCCCUCGAAGCCACCUCUACAACUUUUACCUCGUCGCCCAGUCGCCCGUAGCAAGAAGAGGGAUAGAGUGGAGUUUGCAAUAGGAGGUGGGAUGCGAGGUCUGCUGGAGAUGGCCUGA